AUGAAUCAGACACCCACCCCAGCAGAACCUUCUUCUUGUAUUAUUUCACCAACUGUACACGAACACGAGCCUGUUCUAAAGCGCAAUAUAUCGUACGAAGACGCACCUUUGAGUGUCCCCGACCUAGAGCCAGACUUUCUCCACGAGGAGGUGGAUUCGCCUAUUAUCACCACUACACGAGAUAUUAGAUCCCCAAUAACGCAAUCUCCCUCCCUAGGUGCCAACAAUGAUGUUUUUGCGCCCUCAAAAAAAUGCACCGCGGCUCCUCCUAAAUCUCCUCAGUUCACCGCAAGCGAUUACCAUAGCCUUUGUCGCAGCGUUUUUCAGUCAAUAACAUUCUGUUCAGCGUUCCCUGAGAUGAUGGAUCUCCGCAAGGUUACAUGUAGCCAAAAACACCUGUUUUUUACCUUUGACAUCAGCGUGGACCAUCUCUUUAUGUUAUCUGAGGGUUGUUAUACGAUCCCUGAGGAGUAUUGA